AUAAUGAGUCCCGGGUGGACCGUCGGCUGGACGUGGGCUAAGAAGGAGGUGAUCUGGUCGAUGGUUGGUGCACAGACAACAGAGCAAGGCGACUGCUCCAAAUUCAAAGGGAAUAUUCCACAUUGCUGUAAUAAAAAGGCGACUGUGGUCGAUUUACUCCCGGGAGUUCCUUACAACCAACAGUUCGCCAACUGCUGCAAAGGCGGAGUUCUGGCGGCCUGGGGCCAGGACCCGCAAGCCUCCGUCUCCGCCUUCCAGGUCAGCGUUGGCCUGGCCGGGACCAAUAAUAAGACCGUUAAACUGCCGAGUAAUUUCACCCUUUUGGGGCCCGGCCCGGGUUACACUUGCGGGCCCGCGAAGACUGUUCCGCCAACUAACUUUCUGUCUCCGGAUCGGAGAAGGAAAACUCAGGCACUAAUGACGUGGAACGUGACGUGUACGUACUCUCAGUUUCUAGCACGGAAGCACCCGAGCUGCUGCGUUUCGUUCUCGUCUUUCUACAACGAAACGAUCACGCCUUGCCCUUCGUGCGCUUGCGGCUGCGAAAACAAAAACAAAUGUGUCAAUGGUGAUUCCAAGCUCUUGAGUGUGGUGGGGGUGAAUACCCCCCGAAAAGAUAACGCGCCGCUGGUGCAGUGCACCCACCACAUGUGCCCCGUUCGGGUCCAUUGGCACGUAAAAACUAAUUACAGAGACUAA